AUGCCGCUAUUAUGGAGAUGGGGAAAUUGUACAGAUAUUAACGAAUGCCUGAACAGUUGUGCAUGUCCUGUUGGUCAACAAUGUUAUAACAGACCUGGAUAUUUUGAAUGCAUAAAACCAAGGCCAGUUAAUCCAUGUGAUAAAAAUGCAGAAUCUCACAUCAUCAAUGGCACAAUUGAAUGUUUCUGUAAGCAAGGAUACUAUGGAAAUGGUCAAAACUGUACAGAUAUUAACGAAUGCCUGAACAGCUGCGCAUGUCCUGUUGGUCAACAAUGUUAUAACAGACCUGGAUAUUAUGAAUGCAUAAGACCAAAACCAGUUAAUCCAUGUGAUAAAAAUGCAGAAUCUCAUAUCAUUAAUGGCACUAUUGAAUGUUUCUGUAAACGAGGAUAUUAUGGAAAUGGUCAAAAUUGUACAGAUAUUAACGAGUGUUUGAACAGCUGUGCAUGUCCUGUUGGUCAACAAUGUUAUAACAGACCUGGAUACUAUGAAUGCAUAAGACCAAAACCAGUUAAUCCAUGUGAUAAAAAUGCAGAAUCUCAUAUCAUCAAUGGCACUAUUGAGUGUUUCUGUAAACGAGGAUACUAUGGAAAUGGUCAAAACUGUACAGAUAUUAACGAAUGCCUGAACAGCUGCGCAUGUCCUGUUGGUCAACAAUGUUAUAAUAGACCUGGAUAUUAUGAAUGCAUAAGACCAAAACCAGUUAAUCCAUGUGAUAAAAAUGCAGAAUCUCAUAUCAUCAAUGGCACUAUUGAGUGUUUCUGUAAACGAGGAUACUAUGGAAAUGGUCAAAACUGUACAGAUAUUAACGAAUGCCUGAACAGCUGCGCAUGUCCUGUUGGUCAACAAUGUUAUAACAGACCUGGAUAUUAUGAGUGCAUAAGACCAAAACCAGUUAAUCCAUGUGAUAAAAAUGCAAAAUCUUAUAUCAUCAAUGGCACUAUUGAAUGCUUCUGUAAGCGAGGAUAUUAUGGAAAUGGUCAAAAUUGUACAGAUAUUAACGAGUGCCUGAACAGCUGUGCAUGUCCUGUUGGUCAACAAUGCUAUAAUAGACCUGGAUAUUACGAAUGCUUGCAGACUAAAGAAAAUGAGUGCGUCAAUGGCACACAUAACUGUCAUAAAAACGCGACUUGUAUUGACACUGUUGAAUCAUUCAAUUGUUCUUGUAAUCCUGGCUUCAGUGGUAAUGGUACAUCAUGUACAGAUAUAAAUGAAUGUAAAUAUGGAAGCCAUAAUUGUGAUAUUAACGCUAAUUGCACUAAUACAAAUGGUUCAUUCAAAUGUUAUUGUAAACCUGGUUAUACUGGAGAUGGAACUUAUUGUAAUGAUAUAAAUGAGUGUAAAUAUGGAAGCCAUAAUUGUCAUGUUAACGCUACAUGCACUAAUACAGAUGGUUCGUUCAAUUGUUCUUGUAACCCUGGUUAUACUGGAGAUGGAAUUUAUUGUAAUGAUAUAAAUGAAUGUAUAAAUGGUAACCAUAAUUGUGAUAUUAACGCUAAUUGCACUAAUACAGAUGGUUCAUUUAAAUGUUAUUGUAACCCUGGUUAUACUGGAGAUGGAACUUAUUGUAAUGAUAUAAAUGAGUGUAAAUAUGGAAGCCAUAAUUGUCAUGUUAACGCUACAUGCACUAAUACAGAUGGUUCGUUCAAUUGUUCUUGUAACUCUGGUUAUACUGGAGAUGGAAUUUAUUGUAAUGAUAUAAAUGAAUGUAUAAAUGGUAGCCAUAAUUGUGAUAUUAACGCUAAUUGCACUAAUACAAAUGGUUCAUUCAAAUGUUCUUGUAACCCUGGUUAUACUGGAGAUGGACUUUAUUGUAAUGAUAUAAAUGAGUGUAAAUAUGGAAGCCAUAAUUGUGAUGUUAACGCUAAUUGCACUAAUACAAAUGGUUCAUUUAAAUGUUAUUGUAACCCUGGUUAUACUGGAGAUGGAACUUAUUGUAAUGAUAUAAAUGAAUGUAAAUAUGGAAGCCAUAAUUGUGAUGCUAACGCUAAUUGCACUAAUACAGAGGGUUCAUUUAAAUGUUAUUGUAACCCUGGUUAUACUGGAGAUGGAACUUAUUGUAAAGAUAUAAAUGAAUGUAAAUAUGGAAGCCAUAAUUGUGAUAUUAACGCUAAUUGCACUAAUACAGAGGGCUCAUUCAAUUGUUCUUGUAAAACUGGUUAUACUGGAGAUGGAAUUUAUUGUAAUGAUGUAAAUGAAUGUAAAUAUGGUAGCCAUAAUUGUGAUGUUAACGCUAAUUGCACUAAUACAGAUGGUUCAUUCAAUUGUUCUUGUAACCGUGGUUAUACUGGAGAUGGAAUUUAUUGUAAUGAUAUAAAUGAAUGUAAAAAUGGUAGCCAUAAUUGUGAUGUUAACGCUAAUUGCACUAAUACAGAUGGUUCAUUUAAAUGUUAUUGUAACCCUGGUUAUACUGGAGAUGGAACUUAUUGUAAUGAUAUAAAUGAAUGUAAAAAUGGUAGCCAUAAUUGUGAUGUUAACGCUAAUUGCACUAAUACAGAUGGUUCAUUUAAAUGUUAUUGUAACCCUGGUUAUACUGGAGAUGGAACUUAUUGUAAUGAUAUAAAUGAAUGUAAAAAUGGUAGCCAUAAUUGUGAUGUUAACGCUGAUUGCACUAAUACAGAGGGUUCAUUCAAAUGUUCUUGUAACCCUGGCUAUAUUGGAGACGGAGUACAAUGCGAUGAUAUUGAUGAAUGUGAAAAUUUAUGUACAAGUCCAAGACAAACUUGUACCAACUUCCCAGGCACAUAUCGUUGUGAAUGUUCCGACCCACGGCAACAGCCUAACGAUGAUGAAACCGACUGUCUUGAUGCUCCUAGUGCAAUUCAGUGCAGAACUCGCAUAAGAAAUGAGAGAUUCAUAGAUGCUUAUCGAAACAGACGGAGCAUCCAGUUUCUCAGAGCAGCCCGAAGGAUUGCUGCGGCGCUUCGUUUUAUUUUCCGAUUAGUAUUUCCAAGAAGAGGCUUUAACAUCAUCAUCUUCAACCUAUUUGAAUCGUCAGUUGGAGUGGAUUAUGUUGUAUCAUUUAAUGAAACUGUAAACAUGACUUUCGCCGAAAUUCAGAACGAUUUGGCUAUGCAAGUAAACGUGACGAGUGGGGGAGCCUUUCUUGGAGAUAGUGGCUUACAAAUUAGUAAUGCUACGAAUACAUCCGAACUAAUUCAAGAAUUUGAAACUGAAGAUGUACGCGCAUGUGAUAUUGGUGUUGAUAACUGUCAUAGUAAUGCUACAUGUCUAGAUGUUAGUGAUUCAUUCAACUGUACUUGUAACUCUGGCUAUUCUGGCAACGGAACAAGUUGUUUUGAUAUAAAUGAAUGUGAUAAUGAAGGCCAUAAUUGUCAUGUUAACGCUACAUGUAUCAAUACAGAUGGUUCAUUCGAUUGUUCUUGUAAAUCUGGUUAUACUGGGAAUGGAACUUAUUGUGAUGAUAUCAAUGAAUGUGUUGAAGGAAGCCAUGAUUGUCAUGUUAACGCUAAUUGUACGAAUACGGAUGGUUCAUUUAAAUGUUCGUGUAGUACUGGUUAUACGGGAAAUGGAACUUAUUGUAAUGAUAUAAAUGAAUGUGUUGAAGGAAGCCAUGAUUGUGAUGUUAACGCUAACUGCACUAAUACAGAUGGUUCAUUCAAAUGCUCUUGUAAUGCUGCUUAUACUGGUGAUGGAACUAAUUGUGAUGAUAUCAAUGAAUGUGAAAAUGGAAGCCAUAAUUGUCAUGUUAACGCUAAUUGUACGAAUACAGAUGGCUCAUUCAGAUGUUCAUGUAAAUCUGGUUAUACUGGCAAUGGAACUUAUUGUGUUGAUAUAAUUGAAUGUGAUGAUGGAAGCCAUAAUUGUCAUGUUAACGCUACAUGCACUAAUACAAAUGGUUCGUUUAGUUGUUCAUGUAAUACUGGUUAUACUGGCGACGGAACUAAUUGUCGUGAUAUAAUUGAAUGUGAUAAUGGAAGCCAUAAUUGUCAUGUUAACGCUACAUGCACUAAUACAAAUGGUUCGUUCAGUUGUUCUUGUAACCCUGGUUAUACUGGCGACGGAACUAAUUGUAAUGACAUCAAUGAAUGUGUUGAAGGAAGCCAUGAUUGUCAUGUUAAUGCUGAUUGCACUAAUGCAAAUGGCUCAUUCAGAUGUUCAUGUAAAUCUGGUUAUACUGGCAAUGGAACUUAUUGUGUUGAUAUCGACGAAUGUAACGCUCCCGUCGAUCAACAAUGUACAGGAACUGGCCAAAACUGCACUAACUUCCCUGGCGCUUUUCGUUGUAGCUGCAGUAACCCAGGGCAACAUUUGAACGAAGCAGGAACACAAUGUGUCGAAACGGAGACGGCUAUUCAAGGUGAGAUUCGCAUAGUAAAUAGGGAAUUCAUACCUGCCUACAAUGACACUAGCAGCGUGGAAUAUUUUGAAAUAACCGAAAUGAUAAUAAAUCAGCUAAUUUUGCUCUAUCGGCAAACAACAUCACUUAGUAAUUUCGAGGAAAUCAGAAUCAUCCGUUUAUUCCAAUCGUCCGUUGGAGUUGAAUAUGUUGUAGCUUUUAACAACACCCUGAACAUCACUAAUUCUGAAAUUCAAGAUGAGUUGGUGAACGCGUUGAAUAAAACUGAAAAUGGAACUUUUCUUGGCGACCUACAACUUAGUACUUCGACCAACACAACUGAAUUAAAAAAUUCAAUAGAAAUUACAGAUUUUGAUGAAUGUAAUCAAGAAAGAUCUCCAUGUCCAGAGAACUCAAUCUGCAUGAACAUGGACAGGACAUUCGAUUGUAUUUGCAAUUCUGGUUUCGUCAAGAAUGGGAGCAACCUUUGCGUGCCAAGGAAGAGGAAUGCAGUUGAUGAAGACGAUGUAGAAGAUGUAGACGCAGCGCUAAUUGCAAUUAUAGUUUGGCUUUCAAUAUGUUUCCUAGUCGCCAUUGUCUUGAUUAUUCGUGCACUAAUAAGUUUCAGAAACAGCCGUAAUGGAAAUUCUGGUGAUGAAAGUUAUGGUACUUGGGGAUCUUUUAAUGGCUGAGGAUACGACUACUUGUGAUGCCAUCAAUACCUGUCAUGCAAUAAUAUAAUCAAUAAAGCACUGGAUAUGUAAACCUCUAGUUGUAGUAAUGGUUCUUAUUAAAAUUCGCGACUACUUACAAAAAA